UGACCUACAAGUAAAGUGAACGUCGGUGUGUGUGUGAAGUGCAGUGCAUUGAAAACAAAAGUACGUAGGACCAGCGGUACAAAAUUAGGAUAAUCAACAUGACUUCAAGCAGAAAGAUGUGGCUCUCAUCACUGGUCGCGUGCACGCUGGUUGCCAUGGCAACGGCAGCAGGAGAGGAGUACCUACCCCCCAACAAAGGGUACAACUAUCCCACUCCCGUCAUACCCUUCCCGACUGACGUGAACGGGAAUAAGCAACCCACCCCAGGGCCGUUCAGGCCGGCCACGCCGACCCAAGGCACGUACAGGCCUCAGCAGCCGCCGCAGAGACCGCAGCAGCCGCCGCAGAGGCCGCAGCAGCCGCCGCAGAGACCGCAGCAGCCUCCGCAGAGACCCCAGCAGCCACAGAGGCCUAACACCUAUGUACCGCCACCACCGACUCCCACUGGACCUUCCCAUGACCACGACCACAGCCACGACCACCACGACGAGCACCACCACCACGAGCCCGGCAUGCCCUUCGACUUCGCCUACACUGUCAACGAGGAUGGAAACGACUACAGCCAUAACGCCAUCUCCGACGGUGACGUCACGAGGGGAGAAUACCGCGUGGCCCUGCCCGAUGGCCGCACGCAAGUCGUCAAAUAUACUGCUGAUUGGAAGAACGGAUUCAAUGCUGAGGUGAGCUACGAAGGUGAGGCCAGAUACCCUGACCAGCAGCCGGGCUACGGCAGCGGACCUUCAGCCAGUCCUGGCCAGGCUUACGUUCCCCCCAGCCAAGGUGGCGGAUACCAGUAUUAAGAGAGAACUUGAAGGCGUAACUGGAGAACC